CCUCCGCCCUCCCUGCAUCCCUCCACCCUCCGAGCUCCGUCUUCGGCCUGAGGGUCGGGCCAGCAACCGGUUAUUAUGGGCCAAGGAGCCAGAGGCCGUCCCGAGGAGGCCCAGGGACCCUGAGCUAAGCACAAGGCUGCAGAGCCAGGGUCACCAUGGGGACAGGCAGCUUGGGUCCCCUCCGGGUAGUGUUCCUGCUCUCUGCCGUGGUGUCCGCGGUCCCCACCGAAGAGCCCACCCCCGGGGACUCUGUGUCUUCCCACCUCCCUCAAGGUUGCCGGUGGUGCUGUGACCCCAAGGAUGGGCUGCCCUCUGCCCACGCUGCUGGCACGUAUCCCGUGUCCCCCUCUGCCCUUCCCUACGUUGUGCCUGAGGUCAGGCCCUACAUCAACAUCACCAUCCUGAAGGGUGACAAAGGGGACCGAGGUCUCCUGGGCACGCCAGGGAAGCCGGGCAAGGAGGGUUCCCGAGGAGACCGCGGUGCGCCGGGUGUCAAAGGGGACAAGGGCCAGGUGGGCAGCCCGGGCAGCCCGUGCCAGAUGCGCUUCUCGGCUUUCUCGGUGGGCCGCAAGACGGCCCUGCACAGCAGCGAGGACUUCCUGCCGCUGCUCUUCGACAGGGUCUUCGUGAACACAGACGGGCACUUCGACAUGGCCGCCGGGCACUUCGUGGCUCCCCUGAGCGGCCUCUACUUCUUCAGCCUGAACGUGCACAGCUGGAACUUCAAGGAGACCUACGUGCACGUGGUUCACAAUGAGGAGGCGGCCGUCAUCCUGUACGCGCAGCCCAGCGACCGCAGCAUCAUGCAGAGCCAGAGCGUCAUGCUGGCCCUGGCGCCCGGCGACCGCGUGUGGGUGCGGCUCUUCAAGCGCGAGAGGGAGAACGCCAUCUACAGCGACGACGUGGACACCUACAUCACCUUCAGCGGCCACCUGAUCAAGCCAGAAGAUGACUGAACGAGCGCCCUCGGCCAGACCUCACAGCCAGGCAGCUCAGGGGCUGGUGGCCGGAGAGGCAGGUCCUACCUUAUCCCCAGGGCAGGGUUCACUCACUCCCUUGGGAAGUGGGGAGAGCCUCCUUGUUCUUUGUCUCCAUCAUUGCUCACAGUGUUUCCAGCCCCCCACCUCCCAACACACAUUCCCAACUUUCUUCUUGGCUUUAUUUUCAGAAACUUUUGUAUCAAAAGAUCCCUGGACUUUCCCAGCCUCCAGCCCAGCACUUCUCAACAUGCUGUCCGUCCCCCCUGGGGGACCUUGUUACACGGGCGACUCUGGUUUGGCCUGGCCAUGUGGGCUAUUUGGCAUUUCUGACAAGUUCCCCAACCCUCCUGUCACUGUAGGACCCCCACCCCCGCCAACCAUCUCUGUUUUCUUCCCUUUUCUCCUCUUCUAUCAUCUUCCCCUUCAACCACUCGCCAGAGCCACUGUUCACUCAUUCACCCGUCAAAUAUGAGCACCCACUUGGUGCCAGGCCCUGAAAAUGCCCAGGUGAGUCAGACCUUAGUCCUGCCCCUCCCUUGGUGAGCGCUGGCGGCAUGGGUGGCGGUGGGGCACCUGCCCGCGGAUGGGCCAGAGAUCGGAGGGCACACUUGGCGUUCCUCUCGUCUGUUCUGGGUGCUCAGAGCCCCGUGAGGGUGGCAUCCCCUUCCUAGUCUCUUACUUUCCCGCCUGAUGCCUAUAGUUAAAGCAAACCCUACCAGGCCCUUGGCCCUGAGAAGACCUGAGAGUUUGCGGGGGGGGGGGGCAUUGGAGAUUAAGGGCCCCUGUGCACUGGGGCCCGUGUUCCCAGCUCUCGUUUAAAGCAAUGGCAAUCCUGACACACACAGCCGUCUUCCUUCCGGAAGACUUCCCUGCCCUUCUCCGGACUUCUCUUCCAAGGCAUCUGAGCCUUUCCCCCAGGACUUGCAGCCACAAUCAGACCGCUAUGUCUGCUCCCAGGUGUCCACUUGACCCUCCCGGCCCCUCACAAUGCCAGUGUCCCCAAGCUGUCAUACUUAUGAAGGUGCUAAGGCCCUUGAGAGGCAGCUCCUGUCUCAAGGCCCCUUUGGCCAGUAUUGCCUUGGCAAAUGCUAUGGGCAGUGGGCCAAGGGAAGAGGUGCCAGGCUUGAUCCCUCAGCAGGUCUGGGGACUAAAGCAAGCAGGUAACAUUCGGGUCAUUUGGGGGUCUUCUUUGAGCCAUGCUACCAAGGUAGGCCCUGGGAGAGGCCAUAGGGGCGGAGACAGUUCCGUGCCUUUCCCAGGGUGUGUGACCUGGUGGCCCUCUAGCCUUCUCGUGCACCCUAAGUGACCUAACCUCCCAAGGGGGCCUCCACCCAUCGGUGCUUCUGCAGCUCCAGGGCAGUGACGGCUCUGGGGGUGGUUUCCGGUGCUUAUACCUAAAGGAGUCCCAGCCAAGAGGCCAGGUGAUGGGAACAGGGCCUGCUAAGUGUCUCAAAGGCUGGUGCUGUCAAAGACUCAAAGACUGGGCCCUGUCCUGCUUGUCCAGUGUGAAUAAAGAUGCUUGUCCUCCUGGC